AUGGCCACUUUUGUGGAGCUCAGCAUCAAAGUAAAAAUGCCCAUUGUGGGUCUGGGCACCUGGAAGUCUCCCCCAGGCAAAGUCACACAAGCUGUGAAGAUGGCCAUUGAUACAGGAUACCAUCACAUUGACUGUGCCUACAUCUAUAACAAUGAGAAUGAUGUGGGAGAAGCCAUCCAAGAGAAGACCCAAGAGAAAGUAGUGAAGCAAGAGGAGCUCUUCAUUGUUAGCAAACUGUGGCCCACCUACUUUGAGAGAAAAUUGCUAAUGAGAGUCUGUCUGAAGACCCUCAAGGAUCUGACUAACUGGACUAUCUGGAAUCUGGACUAUCUAGACAUCUACUUUGUUCACUGGCCAUAG